AUGGCUACCGGCGUCACCCACCCGCUGGGUUGUCAUUCCUAACCUUUUUUUUUACUUUGAUUGAACGCUGUAGAUCACAGUGAGAAAAACUGGAGGAUUACCCAUCAUUUUUCCUUUUUCUUAUAGGAGACAAACCUCUUUAUUGAUGUGAUAUCAUCAAUUGACUCUCCGUCGGGUUUUAGAUCCUUUUCUUAUCUUUUUAUUUCCCGGUGCUCAUGUGUAGGUUACCACAUGUAGCACCAUAACUGGGUGCCUUCUAUGUUAAGUUGAGGAGUGUCUUCGAAUUCAAGGCUCUUGUAGUGCAAUUCUUCUCAGAAAAUACAUGAGAAAUGUGUUAUUGAUUCAACCCAAAUCGCGAGUGACGGGAAUUAAAUUUAUCAUUAUAUUGUGUCAUGUGAUUUAUUCAUAUAUCCUUGGGCAGCUUGAUGAUGGUUCCCAUGGGACUGCUUUUUGGUCUAGAGAAUUGCUUCCUUUUUUUAGACCAACAUACCAUUCAAAUGUGGGAGUAAGUUUAAUGCAAGGUUUAGGUAAACAAAACUAAUGCUAUCCUCUGCGUGUGCUUUGCUUGAUCCACUUCUCAUGUACAACUGUCCCAUCAGAAAAAUAGUAGACAAUUAUUGAAGAAUAUUGUGUGAGGAAAUUGCAUAAUUACUCCACAAACAAUCUCUCUUGCUCAAAAAAAAUAAAUUAUGCUAUUAAAUGAUGUUCACUUUGCCCUAGGUAAAUUACUUUUAAUGUAUUCAAGUGUUGAAAAUGACUUGAAUCAAGAGAAAAAACAGUUCAUAUGUGCUUAUGAUUAUGACUAUGGACGAAUAGUAACGUUCUCUGCAUAAUUUUGUGAGCCAGAUAGAUCAUAUCUUCCACAGCAAGAUUUUAUCAGUACCUUCCAUCCCGUUUCUUUUGUUUUACGAGUCUGUAUGGCUUUUCAUGGACUUACUAAUAUGUUACCAACUAAACGGAAACGCAGAUGUUGCCAAGGUCAGACUCCAGAUGCAGCUUGUUGGUCGGAGAGGUCCUCUACAUGGAAUGGUAUAUCUUUAUAAGUUAUUUCUGUCUAUGGAUCUUGAGGGCCUUUGAUUAACAUAUCUCAUCUAACGUUUACUACUUGUUAUCGUCAUAAUAAUAGGGCAAUAUUUUCUCACAAAUGGUCAAAAUCGAAGGUCCUGGGGCUUUAUACCUGGGCUUUGCCCCAGCACUGACAAGAUCAGUUCUAUAUGGAGGUCUACGUUUGGGCUUGUAUGAGCCUUGCAAGCAUGUCUGCGACGUAAUGCUUGAUUCCACUAACAUUUUGGUGAAGAUAGCAUCUGGAGCAUUCUCUGGCGCCAUUGCUACUGCAUUGACUAAUCCCGUGGAAGUGCUAAAGGUAUAUGAAGUUCUGGGGCUUGAUAACUUUGACUCUGGGUAGAUCCGAAGCAAGUAUCUUCGUUCUACAGGUGAGAGUACAAAUGAACUCAAACUCAAGGGGAGGACCCAUCAACGAAGUGCGUAAAAUAGUUAGGGAGGAGGGCUUGAGGGCGCUCUGGAAAGGAGUUGGUCCUGCAAUGGCAAGAGCUGGCGCACUAACAGCAUCACAGCUUGCUACAUAUGAUGAAUCGAAGCAGGUAGCAUUCCAUUUUAUUUCUUCUUUAAUUUCUUUCCUCCUCUCAUAGAAACCCUGACAUUGUUUCUAAUUUGAUAUCACCAUGUAGUGUAUUAUUUAGUUAAUUUUCAGCCAUUAAAUUGGAUUGAUAGAUCCAUCUUGAACGACAGGCAUUGCUCAGAUGGACCAAUCUUGAAGAAGGUUUUCAUCUCCAUCUCAUGUAUAGGAUUUCCUUGCUUUAUGUUGUUCAGGCAUGCCCGCUGUAAUGGCGUAGAACUAAAGGUCUGUCUUUUUUAACUGAGAAUAUGAAGCUCGAGUUGCAUCGCUGGAACCAUGGGGACCGUUGUUACUGCCCCUGUGGACAUGAUUAAGACCCGUCUCAUGUUGCAACGAGAAUCCCAUGGCCCCAAGAGCUACAGGAACGGAUUUCACUGUGCAUAUCAGGUACUUUUUUUAUUUAUAUAGCUUCUGUCCUAUAUGAUGGCAUUGCAUUAUACAGACUACAUUGGUUAUGUUGCUCUAUGCCUAACGAUAGUUUAUUAUUUCCAUUUAUAUACUAACACACACACACACACACACACACACACACACACACACACACACAUAUAUGUAUAUAUAUAUCAACAUCAUGGGGCAAUAAAUCACUUAAUUUUCUGAUGCCUGGUGUGGGUUGUUAUUCUCAUUAAAUCCUCUGCAUAAGGCGGUUGAUAUUGAACUUAUUUUAUAAUUUUGAUUAAAAUAUUAUAAUAUGCAGUUAUCAAUCUAUUAAGUUUCUCCUGAAUUAUCAAAUUACACUUGUGAAGUGUAUCAUAUGCUUACAGCUUAGUUUGGCAUCCAGGUUCAUCUCCGUCCAAUUGUUUCAGGUUGAAUAAGUUUUCACGCAUUUGAUCAGCCUGGCGAUUGAUUUUUUUAAUUUUAUAAUCCCAGCCUCUGUAAGGGAAAGGGCAUAUUGCAUUAUCUGCCUUUAGAUAAUAUCAUUUAUUAUUUUCACAGAGUUUAUUGGCAUCAAAUGGACAAGAAAUCAUCUGACCACAGAGCUAAUGCUGACAGUGAGCCUGGCUGCGAUUUGAUCUUUCUAAUUUAGUUUUUUUUUUUUCUGAGUAAAAAAACUUCGUGAAGAGUUAACUUAUUUCUACAUAUUCAUUCAUCUGGCGAAAUUGAUGUGUUCUUGACCUCAAAUAUUUUCUUGGGUUUAGUUGAUUUAAAUGACUACUAAUAUCUUUUUCUUUGGUAAAAAAAGAUUGCGAUGAGUAACUUGCAUGAGCAUUGCCUUCAUUAGUAAAAUUUCCAUGCAUAAAUAUUAUUCUAUAAAUCAUUUUAUUUAAAUGCCUGCCUGUACUUUCUCUCUGGCCAAGAACAUCUGCAAUGAGUAGCUUGUUUCAGUGUGUUGAUUUCUUUACCAGAAUCAAUUAAUUUAAAUGGCUUCAAUUAUCUUCUUCGCAGGUAAAACAUACAGAAGGCUUUGGAGCCCUUUACAAAGGGUGAGCUCUAUUUGUUGAAACCAUGACUCACAGAAAGGCUUUCAAUCUUCUGUUUCAUGGCCGAACGAAAUUUUCUGACAUCAUGGGUUGACUUUUUGGGCAUCGCAAAUUCGGAGAUUGAUCUCAUCAUGGUCUGUCAUGUAGAUGUAUCCGUGAAAUUCUCGAUUAUUAUGCAUGCUUGCUUGGUAAUGUUCCUCCUUGGAUCUUGCCGUCAAGAAAGUCAACUCUGACGGCGGGGCGUAGGUUGACAUUUUAUUUUAUCCUCGAGCUUUUGGAGCGUUGACCCAUUUCAUCCCCCACUACCAUUAUGUGGCCCACAUUCUUCUCCUUUGUUUUGACUAAUACCGUGGGCCUCUUUAUUGUCCCGCAGGGGAUUUGCGACGUUCGCUCGGCUGGGCCCCCAGACCGUGAUCACCUUCCUUGUCUGCGAGAAGCUGCGGGAGCUCUCCGGCAUGAAGGCCAUCUGA